ACCAUCCGAAUUAUUGAAACGGGACGGGUGGUGAAGCCACGGCCCAAACAGUGCCGUCCUCCUUGAGAGAAAUGGCUUUUGGGUGAAAUGGGAAUCCAUUUCUUACCGCUAUCGCUGUAGUGUCCGGGGCCAAAAGAAUGGCCGCAGAUGGGUAUGACGACUCGUCGACGCCGUCGUUUCGGUUCAGGUGGGACGUCUUUCUGAGCUUCAGAGGAGAGGACACACGUCACAACUUCACUGGCCGCCUCUACGCCGAGCUCGUACGCAACGGCGUUCGAGCCUUCUUUGACGAGGAAAGGUCGGAUCGGGACGAUGAGAUCUCUCCGAGCCGCUUGACGGCAAUCGAAGACUCGGGCGUUUCGAUCGCCGUCAUAUCGGAGAACUAUGCUUCUUCGUGUCGGUGCCUUGAAGAGCUUGCUAAGAUCAUAGAGUGCCGGAGUUUGUUACUCCCGGUGUUUUACAAGGUCGAUCCCUCCCACGUUCGGGGUCAGACUGAGCCUUUUGAAAAGGAUCUUCGAAACCUAGAAUCUGAAUUCGGAGUUGAAAGGGUUUUGAGAUGGCGAAAAGCCAUGGAAAAGGCCGGUGGAAUUGCUGGAUGGGAUACCAAAGUCUGGGAAGAGCCACUGUUAAUCCAGUCUUUACUCAAGAAAAUUUUGACUAAAUUGAGUAAUACUCCCUUGGGAGUGGCUAAACAUCCAGUUGGACUUAACGUUCGUCUUGAAAAGUUGAUGAUCAUGGUAGAUGUUAAAGCUAAUGGUGUUCGAGUAUUGGGAUUAUAUGGAAUGGGUGGGGUAGGCAAGACCACCCUUGCCAAGGCUCUUUACAAUAAACUUGUCAUUCGCUUCAAACGACGUAGCUUUAUUCCAAAUGUUAGAGAAAAUUCACGAUUGCAUAAUGGUUUAACAUCUCUCCAAAGCAAGUUUCUUGGUGACCUUUUCUCAAGUCCUCCCCCAAAAGUAAAUGAGGUAAGUAGUGGUAUCAUGUCAAUCAAGGAGGUCGUUCACAAAGAGCCAGUGGUUGUUGUUCUAGAUGAUGUUGAUGAUGCAAACCAGUUAAAUGCGCUGGCUGGUGGGAGAGAUUGGUUUUAUGAAGGAAGUCGAAUCAUUAUCACCACAAGAGAUAAGGGAGUUCUAUGUGAGGACUUUGUGACAGAAUUCUACGAGGUAAAUGAGCUGACUUUUCCGGAGUCACUUGAACUAUUUAGUUAUCAUGCGUUUGGGAGAGAGAAACCUAGCAAAGAUCUCAUGAGUUUCUCUGAGGAAGUUGUGUCGCUUACAGGAAGACUACCUUUGGCUCUGGAAGUAUUUGGUUCUUUUUUCUUUUAUAAGAGAAGUAUAAGAGAACGGGAAGAUGCAUUGAAAAAGUUGAAACAAAUUCGUCCUGGUGAACUUCAAGAUGUGUUACAGAUCAGUUUUAGUGAGCUAGAUGUAGAAGUGAAGUGCAUAUUUCUUGACAUUGCUUGUUUCUUCGUUAAUAUGAAAAUGAAGAGAGAAGAUGCAAUUGACAUUUUCAAAGGCUGUGGUUUUAAGGCUGAAAUAGCAAUGACUGACCUUGUGGCUAAAUGUCUCAUUAAGAUCAUUGAUGACAAUAUUUUGUGGAUGCAUGAUCAACUUAGAGACAUGGGAAGAGAAAUUGUUCUAAGUGAAAGCCAUGGAGAUCCUGGUAAACGUACUAGACUUUGGGAUCAUGAUGAAAUAAUGACAGUAUUGAAGAAUAAGAAGGGAUCAGGAAGCAUUGAAGGCAUCACCCUCAACUUUGAGAAGAAUCAUGAUUUAAGCUCUGAAAAAAUCUAUCGGAUGAACUUUCAAAGAAGGCCUGGUUUGGCUUCUGCAAUUGCAUACUUGAAGGAAUUAUACAAGAAAUAUUUUGGUGAUUGCGUGGAAAAGGAGAAUGAUGUGAUACAUAGCACUAAAGCAUUUGAACCUAUGGUUAACUUAAGGCUUCUUCAGAUUAAUUAUGUGAAUUUGGAUGGAAGUUUCAAUCUCUUAUGUGCUGAAUUAAAGUGGCUUCAAUGGAAAGGAUGCCCUUUAAUUUGCAUGCUUGUAGUUCAGUUUUGUCGUCCGGGUCUUGCUGUCCUUGAUCUCUCAGAAAGCAACAUGGUGCAAAUUUGGGAUCACAAGCGAUGGCAUUGGUACAGAAACAGGGUGGCCAAGAAGCUGCUCGUUAUGAAUCUCAGUAAAUGCUACUAUCUUACACAUAUCCCUGAUUUAUCCGGGCUUCCCUUGGAAAAACUUAUUCUUGAGGGAUGCGUAGGACUGGUUAAGAUCCAUAAAUCAAUUGGUGACAUGAGUACAUUAACUCACUUGAACAUGAAAGAUUGUCGGAGCCUUGAGAAAUUCCCAAGGAAUGUCUCUGGACUGAAAAAUCUUGAGACCUUCAUCCUCUCUGGUUGCUUGAAACUGAAAGCAUUGCCAGAAAAACUAAGUGAAUUAAAAUCCUUAAGAGAGCUUGACAUUGAUCACACUGCAAUAGUGAAUCUACCUGAUUCUAUAUUCCACCUGAAGAAACUUGAAAGGUUCAGCUUAAAAAAUUGCUUGUCAUUGAAACAACUUCCUCCUACUAUGGGGAAAUUGAGUUCACUGAGAGAGCUUGACCUUGAUGGUUGCUCUGCUUUGGAGAAAGUGCCUGAUUCUAUAGGAAAUUUGACAAAUCUUGAGAAACUAAGUUUGAGCAGAUGUGGUUCAUUGACUUCAAUACCAGAUUCUAUUGGCAACCUCAAAUCUUUAAUUGAAUUGUUUCUCAACUUUAGUUCAAUUAGGGAACUGCCAACUACUAUAGGUUCAUUAUCCAAUCUAAAGAUGCUUGCAAUUGCACGUUGUCAAUUUUUGAGUGAAUUGCCAGUUUCUAUUGGAGGAUUAGCAUCUUUAAAAUUGCUGCGGUUGGUAGGGACACUAAUCACAGAAGUACCAGAUCAGAUAGGUGCCCUGAAUGCUCUUGAAAAGCUUGAGAUGGGGUACUGCAAGAAUCUUAGAUCCUUACCAAUCACAAUUGGGAACUUGUUGAAUCUCACUACCUUGUAUCUAGAUGAUGCUGUCAUAACAGAGUUGCCACAAUCCAUAGGCAUGUUGGAAAGACUUGAAAGGAUGAGAUUGAAUAAUUGCAAGUUUCUUCAGAGAAUACCAUCUUCCAUUGGAAGAUUGACAAGUCUGCGUUACUGCCUGAUGACAGGAACCGCUGUGACAGAAUUACCUGAAGAACUCGGGAUGCUUUCAAGCUUAGGAACAUUGAAUAUGGCAAAACGGUCACAUCCCGGACAGCCUCAGGCCGAAGACUUAGCUGCAGAAGAUAAUCACAGUCCUGUUGUUCUUCCAACAUCAUUUUCUAAUCUCUCCAUGUUGGAGGAAAUGGAUGUGUCUGGGUGGAAGUUAUCUGGCAAAAUUCCUGAUAAUUUUGAGAGGUUGACAUCACUGGAAACGUUGAAUCUUGGUCACAAUAAUUUUUGCAGCCUCCCAUCUAGCCUGAGGGGUCUUUCCAUUCUCAAAAGUUUGUUUUUGAACCAUUGUAAACAGCUCAAGUUUCUCCCUCCACUUCCCUCAAGUUUGGUUCAUUUGAAUGUUGCAAACUGUAUUGCAUUGGAAACUGUACCCGACUUGUCAAAUUUGGAGAGUUUGCAGGACCUGCAGCUGACAAAUUGCAAGAAAUUGAUGGAUAUUCCUGGCCUUGAAUGCCUGAAGUCAUUGAGAUGGUUGUAUACAACUGGUUGCACUGCAAGCUUUGCAGCAGUAAAUAGAAGGCUUACUAAGGUUUUGUUGAAGCAUAUACACUAUUUGGGUGUUCCAGGGAGCCAAAUUCCAAAUUGGUUUGUUCCAGAAAUACCCAGUUUCUCAACUCCGAAAAACCGCGAGCUAAAGGACGUGAUUGUAGCUGUUGUUGUCUCUCUUGACCAGCAGAAUCAGGAUAAUUUCAUACAUGAACUUCCAAGAAUAAUGGAUAUUCAAGUGAAGAUCAUCAGACUCAAUGAGCAAAAAUUCACUUCAGUACUUGACUUGAGGGGAAUUCCCGAUACCGAUGAGGAUCAACUCUACUUGUGCCGAUUUCAGGAUUAUUCGUUUGUUCGAAUGUUAAAAGAAGGUGACAAGAUACAGGUGGGAAUUCGCAGCCCCAGACCAUACUAUAAUGGGAUUGUACUGAAAAAGUAUGGAAUUUAUUUGGUUUAUGAAAAUGAUGAUGAUAUUGAGGAUGAUGAUGUUGAAUCACAGGAGUCGGUAACAGAGAGGCUAUCCAAGUUUUUCAGCUCUCUGUGAAGGGGUUGAUUGUAACUUUCAUUUUCAUUUACAUUGCUUUGUUUUGUGUUCCAAGCCCUAUUUGAUUGUGGGGAUUAUGAGAGGAAUAAGGGCUGGAUUGACAUUAUUUGUUGGAUUGUUAUUCAGUGUUUAAAUUUUAAAAUAUGUACAGGGAAUUAAAUGGGGAAUAAAUAUACCACUAACCCAUUGAUUGUUUGAAUCAA